CAAGAGCAGAAUUUGAAUAUUGAAGUAAUGGAGUUUCAACUGCUUCAAAGUAUGACCUAGUCACAAGGUUACAGCACUGCAACAACUUGAGUCCACGGUCAUUGAACAGGUCAAACGGGAAUCCACAUUUAAUGUGUGGUCUAGAGACUUUAGAAGAAUUAAUAAAGCUAGCGGAAGAUGAUUCGAAGUAUUGUAUACUGCUACAGGAUGUAACCACUCUUCAAGGUCUUGUGCUGCUUCUGUCGAACAAGAAGGCAUCCGUUGUCUCACUAGCAUUACAAGUAUUACGAUUAUUGGUUAAUCGACCUGGAGGGAAAGAUGUUCUACAUAGCUUGGUUGGAUUAAAUGAACAGUUAAAGGGGCUGGCUAAGCCAACAGCCUGCAGUGAUAGUGAAGGAUUUAAGUCUGUCGUCGCAGAUGCUAAAGAACUCUUGUCUAUAAUCAGUCGUCACGGCACAGAAACCUCCCAAACUCGUGCUGCCAAAUGUAAUCUGGAGAAGUCUCAGUCAGGUCUUAGACCUAAAAACGUAGUCCUACAACUCAAAGGAUUAACAAGCGAGGAUGACGUAGAAAUUGUAUGCUCAAAGCUGUUGAAGGUUCGUGGUGUAGUCAGUAUUACAUUUCAGCUACAUAAACAUCGUGUCCUCGUUUGUACCAUACCUUCGUUAGAUCCUGAAUGUCUUGUUCGUGCGGUAUCCUCGGCGAAUUAUUCAGGUCAGUCUGAUGAUGUCUGUAAAACAGACUCAACACAUCCUACUAUCACAGCUCAGAUUGUGAAGAAAAAACGUAGAGUACAUUCACUGUGCAGACAUAGUUCAUUCAAUGGUGUAAAGUAUAAACAAAAUCUGCUAAAUACCGAAAUGCCACCAUACCUAGAAGAUGAUGCUGAUCUUUUUGAAGUUGAUGAAACAAGAGCAGCACCUAAAUUACGUAACAACAAUCCAGGUGAAUCAGAAUCUAAAGGACCAUUAGAGUGGUUAUCAGAUUUCCUUGAAAAGUCUCUAUUUUGGUAAAUAUACAAAACAGUGUUAUUUCAUUAGUUAAAAUAAUUAUUAUCAAUCUUGUAUCUUUCCAUUGCAUUUAUGUAAAAUAAGAAAAUUGAACGUUUUACAACAUACUUUUUAUAACUUAUCUUUUUUUACAAUUUACAUUUACCACGUAAUGCUAUUCUUGCAUGUGUGUGUACAUUCAGUUUGUCAAACGUAGCCCCAGAACAAAAGCUAGUUUUGAGUGUUUUACAUCAUCAGAGUGUUUCGAAACAGUAAUAAGUAAUUAAAUUGUAACGGAGGGAGGGGGCUUGAUAUGAUUAUGAGCAAUAAAU